CCGGGCCUUCCCGCGCAAAUUGAAAGGCGCCUCGGAGCAGCGGAGCGACGGCCGGGCGCGGUGCGUGUCGCGGCGCCCCCUCCAGUGCCGGGACCCACGGAGUCGGCGGCGCCGGGGCCGGGGCCGGGGUCCGGAGCCCCUUCACGGCCGCCCGAGAAGCGAGCGGAGCGGGCUCUGCAGAGGCGUUAGGCCAAGCAAAUCCUGUCCUCUGGAAUGGGCAUGCGGGCCUCGCCCGGGCACCUCUGGGCGACCUAGGAGCCAAGAGGCGCUGGUGCUGCUGGUUCCCCGGGCGCCCCAGGGUGGGGGUCACUGUGAGCUGACUGGUGGCCUAUGGCUCGCAGGCCCUCCCCACCUCGGGCUGCGGAGGAAACAUGCAUUCGAGGAGGGUAUGGACUUAGUUUGGAAGAAACCACGGUUCACGAAAUGUCUACAGUGCAAGGAGGAAGCUCUUGGUGAGGAAGAGGAAGAUUCCUGGUGAUUCUGGACCUGGGGCUUGAGUGCCACCAGCACCCACAUGACCCGCCCUGAUUGCAACUGAGCAUCUGCGAGCGGCUGGAAUUUGGGGACUGGCUGGACCAGAGCUUCCGUACAGGGUCUGCAGGGUAGCCUGGCAGGAUGGGGAUUCAAGGAUUGCUGCAGUUUAUCAAAGACGCCUCUGAGCCGGUCCACGUGAGGAAGUACAAGGGGCAGGCGGUGGCCGUGGAUACGUACUGCUGGCUUCACAAAGGCGCCAUUGCCUGUGCCGAAAAGCUAGCCAAAGGGGAGCCGACAGAUAAGUACGUAGGCUUUUGCAUGAAAUUUGUAAACAUGUUGCUGUCUCAUGGGAUCAAGCCUAUUCUUGUGUUUGAUGGGUGUACUCUGCCUUCUAAAAAGGAAGUGGAGAAGGCCAGACGAGAACGACGACAAGCCAACCUCCUUAAGGGAAAGCAGCUUCUUCGAGAGGGAAAGGUCUCGGAGGCCAGAGACUGUUUCACCCGCUGCGUCAACAUCACACACGCGAUGGCCCACAAAGUCAUUAAAGCGGCUCGGGCCCAGGGAGUGGACUGCCUCGUGGCGCCGUACGAAGCAGACGCGCAGCUGGCCUAUCUGAACAAAGCCGGCAUCGUGCAGGCCAUCGUCACCGAGGACUCGGACCUCCUGGCUUUCGGCUGUAAAAAGGUGAUUUUAAAAAUGGACCAGUUCGGAAAUGGACUAGAAAUUGACCAGGCUCGGCUGGGCAUGUGCCGACAGCUUGGGGAUGUGUUCACGGAGGAGAAGUUUCGGUAUAUGUGCAUUCUCUCGGGCUGUGACUAUCUCCCUUCGCUGCGCGGGAUCGGGUUAGCAAAGGCCUGCAAAGUGCUGAGGCUAGCCAAUAACCCCGAUAUUGUAAAGGUUAUCAAGAAAAUUGGGCAUUACCUCAAGAUGAAUAUCACAGUGCCAGAAGACUACAUCAAAGGCUUCAUUCGGGCCAACAACACCUUCCUGUACCAGCUCGUGUUUGAUCCCGUCCGAAGGAAGCUGGUCCCUCUGAAUGACUACGGAGACGACGUUGACCCCGUGGCGCUGAGCUACGCUGGGCGGUAUAUUGAUGACUCCAUAGCUCUUCAGAUAGCACUUGGAAAUAAAGAUAUAAAUACUUUCGAACAGAUUGAUGACUACAGUCCAGACGCUGCCACGCCUGCCCUGUCAAGAAGUCGUAGUUGGGAUGACAAAACGUCUCAGAAACCAUCUAGCGUUGAUAGCAUUUGGCACAGGAAUUACUGCCCUAGACUUGAGCGGGAUGCGGUUCCGGGCCCUACGAGACUGAAGGAGAAUCCAAGCACUGCAGGCAGGGAGCAGGUGAUCAGCACCAGAGGCCUGAAUCUGCCCCGGAAGCUGUCCGCGGUGAAGCGGCCGAGAAGCGAGGAGCUGUCAGAAGAUGAUCUGUUGAGUCAGUAUUCUCUGUCGUUUGCAAAGAAGACCAAGGAAUAUGGCUGCGAAGGCAGUACAUCAUCGAACUCUUCCAAAAUGCCGCUGGUUGACCCAGUGGAUGGCACUACUAUUAAAAAAACCGUAAGCACGCCGCCUACGACAAGGAAUAAAUUUGCUGCACUUUUGCAGAGGAAAAACCAAGAAAGUGGUGCCGUCGUGGUUCCUGGGACCAGGAGCAGGUUUUUUUGCAAUUCUCUGGAUUCUAUGGACUGUGUAUCAAAGAAAGCAAGCCCCCAACCUCCAGAUGAAACUGCUGACACAGAUAAAGAGAACAAUCUCAAUGAAUCAGAUUGUCUAAAUGAUAAAGUGGUUGAUCUCAAUGAAUCAGAUUGUCAUGAGAGCAAGGAGCUGGUUGAUCUGAAUCAAUCAGAUUGUCUAGAGAGCGAAAAGCUGGUUGAUCUCAAUGAGUCAGACUGUCUAGAUGAUAAAGUGGUUGAUCUGAAUCAAUCAGAUUGUUUAGAGAGCAAGAAACUGGUUGAUCCAAAAGAGACAGGUUGUCUAGAUAAAGUGGCUGAUCUGAAUCGAUCAGAUUGUCUAGAGACCAAGAAGCUGGUUGAUCUAAAUGAGUCAGAUUGUCUAGAGAGCGAAAAGCUGGUUGAACUAAAUGAUUCAGAUUGUGUAGAGAGCAAUGUAGCACCCAGCCCACGUGAUCAGACUCCAGAGGGCGGAGCUGUGGUCGCUGGUGAAGAGCCUCAGUCCUUUAAGACCACCGGAUUCACAAGGACCAUCUCCCCACCCCCUCUGGGGACGCUGAGAAGCUGUUUCAGCUGGUCUGGAAGUCUUGGAGGUUUUUCAAGGACUCCCAGCCCCUCUCCGAGGACAGCAUUACAGCAGUUCCGGAGAAAUGGGGACUCCCCCAGCUCCCUGCCCGAGAGGAGGGUGUCCGAUGCGUCUCAGGUCAAGAGUGAGGAGUCAGGAGAUGAAGCGCAUCCCGUACAUGAACUGAGCUGGUCCUCACGGUCUCAGGGGAGUGCAGAGUUAUCCCCUCACAGCUUAAGUGCGUCCACACUCCCUCGGCUUUCCUCUAAGGAUUCCAGCCCAGAGGAAUCUGAUUGCAAUUUUAAGUCACUUGGUAAUCAAGGUAAUCAGAAACCCACGCUACAUGUCUCUCACUUUUCAAAAAAAGACACACCUCUGAGAAACAAGGUCCCUGGGCUGUAUAAGUCUAGUUCUCUGGACAGUCUCUCUACCACCAAGAUCAAGCCUCUGGUGCCGGCCAGAGCCAGUGGGCUGAGCAGGUGGCCAGCGAGAGCCCAGAAGAGGAAGCAUCACAGCGCCCAUCACAACGCCGAGAACAGGCCAGGAAUGCAGACCAAGAUCAAUGAGCUCUGGAAGAACUUCGGAUUUAGAAAAGAUUCUGAGAAGCUUCCUUCCUGUAAGAAGCCAGAUCCCCUGUCUCCAGUCAAGGAUAACAUCCAGCUCACUCCGGAGACGGAAGAGGACAUCUUCCACAAGCCGGAAUGUGCGCGUGUGCAGAGAGCCAUAUUCCACUGAGCCUGUCCGUCCGGAACGCCCUCUGGCAGGGAGGGGUGACCAAUUCUGUUCUCAGAGUCCCACCACGUUUUUUAAAUAAGAGUACAUUUUGUAUAUGAACUCUGCGAUUGCUUCCUUUGUUCAGCUUUUUACGUUUGCAUAAGCAGCUAACGAAGGUAAUUAUUUUUAAUGUUAUUUGGCAGGCCCGCUAGAAUUUAUAAAAAUUGACUCCUAGGGAUUUCUGUUGCAUUGUGAGCAUAGAAUGGCGAGUGGAAAGUCGCAUUUCUGUAAAUCAUUUUAGCCUGGAGGAAAUCGCUGUAUCCCUCCAAGCUCCGCAGUUUUCCACAUGCCCCUCUCUGCCUUUCAGGGUUGGGUGGGAAAUAAAUUUGCUGGGAGGGGGGUUGGAAGGCGUGCAGGUGGCUGCACAGCGGGCCAGGCUUUCCUACCCCUGAGGGGUUUGGUUGGGAUGCACAUUUGACAGUGGAAGGAACUACUACUGACAUCACUGAUAUUCUUAAACUUCCAAAUAGCCUGUUUUUAAAUAUGUCUUUUUUGAAGUACAGGCUAGAAACUCAACAUAUAUUUAAAAUGAGUGUCCUAGGUGUGAUGUCAGAUGCUACAGCUGCAGGGUCUAUAAAGCAGUUGCCAGCCGGUGGUUGGCGACCGCUGGUCUCUAAUACACACACUCCACAGAGAAAAUAGGCAGACACCUGGACAAAACCAGCUGUGCAAGUGGAAAUCUGGCAUGAUGUAAAGAAAUUUUUUAAAAUACAUUUGUAUUGACUUUAGAGAGAGAAAGGAAGGGACAGAAGCAUCAAUGAUGAGAGAGAAUUGUUGAUCAGUUGCCUCCUGCACACCACAUACUGGGCAUGGACCCUGCCACCUGGGCUUGUGCCCUGACCGGCAAUCAAACUGUGACCUCCUAGUUCAUAGGUCAGUGCUCAACCACUGAGCCACACCAGCUGGGCUAAAGAAAUUAUAG